GCCAGCUUAUUCUAAAUCUUCACCUCAGAAAGUUAAAACUCAUACGCUCAUAGGUUUUUCAUUAGAGUUAUUCUUCCUUAAUUGCCGUUUCUUUUCUGGUAACAAAUAUGGUUACACUAUCGUCUAAUGUAAAUGAUGAAAAUCACGACUUCGAAUUUGCCCAACGCGGACUAGUUGCACCAUUGAAAGACCCAUAUAUCUUUUCCGAUUCGAAGCCUCAUAAGGUUGUCUGGAACAGCCAGGCUUAUGAUUUUCUUCAAGAAGAUUGUCCAAAAACUGCCAAUACAUCGCUAUGGCGCCAAGGCCAACUCUGCAGCGUAGAAGCAGGCCUGUACCAUGUCACCGAGGGAGUAUAUCAAGUUCGCGGGCUUGAUCUAGCCAAUAUGAGCAUUGUACAAGUCCCGGGUACAAAUAAAAUCGUCAUUAUAGAUUGCCUUACCUCCGUUGAAACUGGGCGCAAAGCUAUUGAACUCUACCAAGAGCAUCAUAAUUCUCAAUUCGGGCAAGAAGCAGAAAUCUGUGCGCUGUUUUACACCCAUUGCCACGUGGAUCACUUUGCUGGCGCUCAAUCUAUCGCGAACAAAGCUCAAGAAGGUCUUCGAAUUAUUGGCCCAGAUGGCUUCAUUGAGCAUGCAGUCAGUGAGAAUAUAUACGCUGGGGUUGCCAUGGCACGCCGGUCUAUCUACCAAUACGGAGAGGCCCUGUCAAAAGAUCCCCGUGGGCAGAUUGGCUCUGGCUUAGGCCAAGCGGUAUCGACGGGAAUUAGUUCUUUAGUAGCACCAAAUCAACGAAUUGUAUCGGAUGGUGUUCUUGAGCCGGGAAUUGAAGGCUUGGAGAUUAUCUGUCAACUUACUCCAGGGGCCGAGGCACCAGCAGAAGUGAACUUAUUCUUCCCGCAGUACUCCGCAUUAUGCAUGGCAGAAAAUGCCACACACACCCUGCAUAACAUUCAAACUUUGCGAGGUGCGCCAGUUCGCGACGCGCGUUUGUGGUCGCGGUAUCUCGAUGAGUCAAUUACUCUGUUUGGCGACAAGACGGACGUUGUUUUCUCAAGCCACCACUGGCCUACAUGGAAGUCCUCUGACGAAGAGAAUCUCGUCAUCACUUUUUUGUCAGAGCAACGAGAUUAUUAUGCCUAUCUUCAUAAUGAGACACUUCGCCUUCUCAAUGAUGGUAGAACUCCUGUGGAAAUUGCGGAAGAGAUCAAAAUGCCUCCGAAUUUGGCGUUGCGGACAAACAUUCGUGGGUAUUAUGGCUCCAUCAGCCAUAACGUCAAGGGAAUCUACGACAAAUAUAUGGGUUGGUUUAACGGUAAUCCAGCAUACCUAUGGCCGCUCUCUCCUGUUGACGAGGCUAUUCAAUUUGUUGAGUGCAUGGGCGGCUACGAGUCUGUUCUUAAAAAGGCCCAAGAGUAUCAUGCCAAGAACAAUCUACGAUUCGCAGCUACGCUAUUAGACAAGCUUAUCUUUUCAGGCGCUGAAAAUAUUAAAGCUGCGAAAGCUGAACUGGCACUUGUCUACCAAGAACUGGGAUUUGGGGCAGAGAAUGGAAUAUGGCGAAACAUUUAUCUAACCGGAGCAUACGAACUAAAAAACGGGCCACAUGCGGCGAUUAAUACAAGGACACCUGCGUCGUUGAUGGCCCUUGGUCUAGAUCAGCUGUUCGAUACAAUCGCCAUCCGCGUGAAUGGACCACGAGCAUUUCUCGAACAAGGAGUCACUAUUGACUUUAUGGUGGACGAUAUGCCGCAAAACUUGAAAAAGAGCCCCGCGGGAUGGCAUGUGAGGCUAAGCAACGGUGUUUUGACUGGACAUGGCGUCGAAUACACGCCUUCUCCAAAGCCACGAGACAGCAACAUUGAUCUCACUGUCUGGCUCAACCAUGAAACACUGGUAGCAGUAGUGGGAGGCGCGGCCAUCGGCAAGCCUAUAAGUCUUGAUAAAACGACGGCUAUUACUUCUGGAAAUACUAGAGCAUGGGAUACAAUUACAUCCUUGGUCUCACUGCCGAAUCUCAGUUUUAACAUUGUUACACCGUAAAUAGUAGUAAAUAGUUAGGCAUUAUUCAAUAGUAUAGACUGGUCCAAUACAUAUUACACGACUUCCUUCGGAGGUAUUUAU